CAUGUAGCGGCUGGAAUGACUUCCCUUUAAGAGCGUGUAGAUUUAAUCUUAGCUUAAAGCUACUUUACCUCCAUCAUUAAAACCAUGUCAGGCAAGUCGGAAUUGCAAAUCAACUCCCGGUUCGCGCAGAAAUAUGAGAAAUACCGACAGAAAGAAGAGCUACAGAGACUGAAGGACCGAUACGGAGACCGAGCUGAUGACAGCGGCUCGGAGUCGUCUGAGUCCAGCUCUGGUGACAGUGAAGUGGAGCUGGACCCCGAAGUUGAGAGAGACUUUUACAGAACGCUGUCACUGCUGAAGAAGAAAGACCCCAAGAUCUACCAGAAAGAUGCAAAGUUCUACACAGAGGGUGCAUCCACCAGUGAUGAGACGAAGCCUUCAACCUCAAAGAAAGCAGUAAAGCCCAUGUAUCUCAAGGACUAUGAGCGUAAAGUCAUACUGGAGAGGGAAGGCAAAUAUGAAGAUGAUGAUGACAGUGAUGAGGAGGAGGUCGCCAAGAGAAUGGAGAGAGCGGCCUCUCCUAGCUACAUUCAGGAGCAGAAGGAGCUGAAGGAAAGCUUCCGCAAGUUCAUCCAGGACAGCGACGAGGACGGCGAGGACGACGAUAAGGGCAGCGAGGGAGAUGGAGGAUCCCAGCUGCUGACCAGGAGGAUAAAAACACAGGAAGAGAAGGAUAAAGAAGAAGCAGACUUUGUGGAGUGGCUGAAAGGCCAGGCUGAGCUCGAUGGUCCGGAGGAGGUGAAGGACAUGAAAUACUUAAGGGACUACUGGAAUGACCCAGAGCUGGACGAGAAGGAGCGUUUCCUGAGAGACUAUGUCCUCAACAAGGGCUACCUAGAUGAGGACGAUGAUGAUGAACGGAUCCCAACCUACGAUGAGGUGGUCCAGGACGAUGUGGAGGACUCUGAAGAGGAAGGGGAGACUUUCUUGGAGCGGCAGGACGACUUUGAGAGACGCUACAAUUUCCGCUUUGAAGAGCCCGACGCUCAGCAGGUCAAGACGUAUCCCCGCAGCAUCGCCACGUCUGUGCGCUCCAAAGACGACCGCAGGAAACGCAAAAGGGAGGAAGUGAAGGAAAGGAAGAAUAAGGAGAAAGAGCAGAAGCGUGAGCAGCUGAAGCAGCUGAAGAACUUGAAGCGAAACGAAAUCAUGGAGAAGCUGAAGAGGCUUCAGGAGCUGACUGGCAACGAGCAGCUCGCCUUUAGUGAGGCUGACCUGGACGGAGAAUUUGAUCCACAGCAACACGAUCAGCUCAUGCAGAAAUUCUUCGGAGAUGAAUACUACGGAGGAGAAGAGGAGGAGAAGCCUCAGUUUAAUGAUGAUGAUGAAGUCGAGGAGCACUGGAACUGGGACACAUGGACAGGAGAGGGACAAGAGGAGGACUACGGUGAAGAAGAGCAUGAUGAAGAGGAGUAUGACGCCGCUGGGCUUCACUGCGAUGAUGAAGGCUUCGUUAUGGAUGCAGACUAUGACCCCAACCAGCAGGCUGCCUCCAAGAAGAAGAAGAAAAAGGAGAGGAAGAAGAUGCAGAAGACGGACAUGCCACAAAUGGGCAAAAAGAGAAAAAAGUCUCACUUUGCAGAGGUCAUCACCAGACAUAAACCUGUGUUUGAUCCUCAGGAGAAAAGCUUUGAGCAGUACCUGGAUGAGUACUAUAAACUGGACUAUGAGGACAUCAUAGAUGACCUCCCAUGCAGGUUCCGCUACAGGCAGGUCCUGCCCAACGACUUCGGCCUCACCACUGACGAGAUUUUAAAUGCUGAUGAUAAGGAGCUGAACCAUUGGAGCUCUCUGAAGAAGACCUGCAUGUUCAGGUCUGACAAGGAAGAGAUGAGUGAUUUGAAGAACUAUAAAAUCAAGUCCCAGAAUGAAAAGAAGAAAAGAGAAAUCCUGAGCUCUAUAUACUCUGAGGAGGAUAAAGAGGGGCAAGAGGCUAAGACUAAGGUGGGGAAGAAGCGAAGAGAUCGUCUGAAGAACGCGGAGAAUGAAGGCAGAGAAGAGGACGGUGUUGUCGCCUCCAUCAUGGACUCUACAGAAGAGACAGUCGCCCAAACCCUCAGAGAGGCAGUGGAUGAGGCAGCAGGAGAGGAGGAGGAGAUUCUGAUACCCAGGAAAAAGAUGAGGGAAGAGGAGGCCCAGGCAGAGGUUUCUGUCGAGGAAGCAUCAGAUAAAACUGAGGUGAAAACCAGGACUGAGAGGCCAAAAUGGUCCAAGAAGAAGCACAAGCAUUCAGGUGGACGGCUCACGUCCGGGGUGAAGAUACGCGGCCAGGAGUUCAGUAGACAGAGACUGAAGGCUUAUGGUCUGAACCCCAAGAGACUGUUCUUCAGACAGCUCGGCAGGCAGAAACGGAAAGCUCACGAGAAGAAAGAGAAGCAGAAAAACAAGGAGUGAUCAGAGCUGCAUAUCACAAUCAACAAAACAGUCCUCUGAUUUUUAUAAGAAUUAACAUACAUUAUGGAAGUGAACUUUUCCAUUGUUUUCUGGCUUCACAUUGACCUCUUUUUAAUUAACAAAAACUGAAGGAAAUGUGUAAAAGGUGGCUACAAAUUUUGGCUUUUUGCCUCUAAUUUGUUUGUGCUUACAGUUGAGUGUAAGAUUUGAAUUUAUUUCACUUGCUACAUUCACACUGUUUAGAUUUCACAACCUGUAAUAAAC